CUGAUCAAUCUCUCUUGCAACGCCUGCGUCAAAAGCACGCUUCUGUCUUCCAGGACAAACUUGGUUGCUGCAAAUUUACCCAAGUUGUUUUGUCUCUAAAGCCAAACGCGAAGCCAGUUUUUCGUCCAAAACGUCCAGUUCCGUAUGCUGCUGUCACAUUGGUUGAGAAUGAACUCGACAGACUGGAAGCAUUGGGUGUCAUCAAACCAGUAACGUAUUCGCCCUGGGCUGCCCCUAUAGUUGUUGUACGCAAAGCAAAUGGUUCCAUUCGCCUGUGUGCAGAUUUCUCAACUGGGUUAAAUGAUGCUCUAGAGGAUCAUGCUUAUCCAUUACCAAUUCAAGAAGACUUAUUCGUCAAACUUAAUGGUGGUAAAUGUUUUGCAAAAAUUGACCUUGCUGAUGCUUACCUUCAAAUAGAAGUUGAACCAAAGUCUCGAGAGUUGCUAACAAUCAACACUCAUAGGGGUCUCUACCAGUUUACUCGCUUACCAUUUGGUGUGAAACCAGCACCCGCAAUUUUUCAGCAGAUCAUGGAUACUAUGCUUGCUAACCAACCUGGUGUUGCUGUCUACCUCGACGAUGUGAUAAUCACAGGGAGUAGUAAGUCUGAAUUGUUUGAUCGACUUGACGCUGUGCUAUCCAAAAUGUCAGAGUUUGGGUUCUACCUUAAAGAGGAUAAAUGUACAUUUUUCAUGGAUUCAGUAAAGUAUCUUGGGUUCAUUUUUGAUCAACAUGGACGUCGACCAGACCCAGAAAAUGUACGUGCUAUUCAGAAUAUGCCCGCUCCCACUAAUGUUGCCACUCUGCGAUCUUUCCUUGGCCUCAUCAGCUAUUACAGUGCAUUUCUACCAGAGCUUCAUCGCAUACGUGCUCCACUGAAUCGCCUGUUAUCGAAAAAUGCAAAAUGGAAUUGGUCACCUGAAUGUCAAAAUGCAUUUAAAAAAGUAAAAUCGUUACUCCAGUCAGACAUGCUGCUUACUUAUUAUGAUCCAAGUCUUGAAAUCAUCCUUGCUGCAGAUGCAUCCGACUAUGGUAUUGGUGCUGUUAUAUCUCAUCGUUUUCCUGACGGAAGGGAGAAAGCUAUUGCACAUGCAUCUAGAACACUGAAUACAACCGAACGCAAAUAUAGCCAAAUUGAGAAAGAAGGUUUGGCGCUUAUCUUCGCAGUCAAAAAGUUUCACAAAAUGCUUCAUGGUAGGAAAUUCACUCUAUUUACUGACCAUAAACCCCUGUUAUCGAUAUUUGGUUCGAAAAAGGGCAUUCCAGUGUACACUGCGAAUCGGCUUCAAAGGUGGGCUGUCAUGUUACUGGGAUAUAAUUUUGAUAUCAAAUACAAACCUACCUCUGAAUUUGGCCAGGUAGAUGCAUUAUCACGGCUGCUAAGCCAUCAGAAGUUGGAAAGCGAGGAUGUUGUUAUUGCAUCCAUCUCUGUUGAAGAUGAUGUAAACAGAGUUCUGGUAGGCGCGACUCAACUUCUUCCGGUGACUGCAGUUGAGGUUGCCAGCCACACAUUGCGUGAUCCAGUUUUACAGCAAGUAUCAAAGUUCAUCCGAUUUGGCUGGCCUCCACAUGUUCAUUCAAAUGUUUUAAAACAGUUUUACCAGCGACGCCAAUCCUUAUCCAUCGUUAAUGAAUGCAUAAUGUUUGCUGAUCGUGUUGUGGUUCCAGCUAAUCUUCGUAACCAUGUGCUUCGUCAGCUUCAUACAUCACAUCCUGGUGUUGGGAGAAUGAAGGCGAUCGCUCGCAGUUAUGUUUACUGGCCCAACAUCGAUGACCAUAUCGAAGACCUCGUUCGCAAAUGUAGUAAAUGUGCUCAAGCAUCAAAGUGCCCACGCAAGACAGAACUAUGUUCCUGGCCACGACCGGACAAACCAUGGUCCCGUGUUCAUGUUGACUUCGCUGGACCGUUCAAUAGUAUGCAUUUCUUAAUAUGUGUCGACGCGUUUUCCAAAUGGCCAGAGAUAUUUCCUAUGCAUUCUGCCACAUCAAUUGCAACAGUGUCCCACCUACGUCAACUAUUCUGUCGUUUUGGUAUGCCUGAUGUUCUGGUGUCCGAUAAUGGAUCGCAGUUCACCUCAUCACUGUUCUCAGAUUUCUGCAAACUGUUUGGCAUCCAGCAUAUUCGUAGCCCCCCGUAUCAUCCCCAAUCGAAUGGACAGGCUGAACGUUUCGUCGACACCUUUAAGCGUGCUUAUGCAAAAGCGAAGGGGGAGGGAACAACAGAAGAAAUUUUGGAUAGAUUCUUGCUGCAUUAUCGUACGACGCCAAAUCCUUCCGCCCCAAUCAAGAGAUGCUUGUGCUAAAGUGCAGCUAAUCAUAAAAGAUAGCAGUGGUGGUAAUCCUAGAGUUAGACAACCUUCUAAAGGUCGAAAAACAACAGCUGCUGAUGCACUGCUGAGUUCAUCAACUUGUAUCAGUCAGUCGUCGUUGGUGUUGUCAUCCACAAUGAAAGGGAUGUUCAUGAACUCACGUGUUUUA